AGACCAGCUAUUAUCCCAGUACAUUCGGAAACACUGAUAGAACCGCGUUGAUUGCAACAUUGUAUCAUAUCUGCACUUGAUUGGCCUAUUCUUUGAUUUUCAUCGUAAACCGCACGGCAUGACUGACAGGAAGGCAGUAAUCAAGAAUGCUGACAUGUCUGAGGACAUGCAGCAGGAUGCAGUGGACUGUGCUACCCAGGCCAUGGAGAAGUACAAUAUAGAAAAGGACAUUGCAGCCUACAUAAAGAAGGAAUUUGACAAGAAGUAUAACCCUACAUGGCAUUGCAUUGUUGGAAGGAACUUCGGCAGCUACGUCACUCAUGAGACAAAGCAUUUCAUCUACUUCUACUUAGGGCAGGUGGCCAUCCUCCUCUUCAAGUCUGGCUGAGUUCUCUUUGAGGCCUGGAGUGCCUCUCUUCCCAACAUGGACUGUAAUGCACUGGUGGCUGAUGUCACAACCUCCCAUACACUUCAAAUAUUAAAGUUAAAACAUACCAUGAUACACAACUGGCUGUGCGCAACUGCAUGGACUAAGAUGUACCAUAUUUAAUGUGUAUAUGUUACAGUAAAAAUAUUACUGUUCACUAGUUUCCAUAAAAUGCAACUGGAAGAGAUUUUUGUUAAUGCUAGAUUUUGUUAUAAUUAAUUUGUAAAUGCUUUAACAGUGGCCUUUGAUUGUAUAAUAAAUGAAAGCUAGAGAUUGUAGUUGUGCAUCUGCUUUCCCACAGAGCUGUUUUGUUUUUAGUGACUUCUGUCCUGUCAUUUUAAAUGUGUUUAGUUGCUCCAGACGUUGACGUACUACAGCAGUUUGUAAUACCUGUAUAUUGCCAGAGGUACAAGUGAGCCUAGCGCAGUGUAUUUGGACAUGUCGUCCCAGAUUUGCAACUGCUGUUAUCGAUCCCAUUAUCUCACAAUCUUAUUUCAUAAGCUGGACUGUCAUCUGGCAUUUUUCUAUUGCUAUUUGUAUUCCAAGCUAGUAGAGUUCCUGUGCUAACUUAUUUAGAUGCUUGGCGGUUCCAUUUGCAGAGGGUUGACACCAUCCACCCUUGAACCUAUUCUGGCUGUGCAACGAAGGACUGAAUGUUGGCGUUCAGGUCCCUUUGUAGACUUUCAAAUUGUAAGGAAAUAUUUUAAUUUGUGUUUUUUUUUUUUUUUACUGUAUUUGCUAUGUUGGUGGUUUCUGUUUAUAGUUUAAUGCAAAUUGCUGUAUGAUUUGCACAGACGUACCUCUUAUUGUUCUCAGUUCAUGGGCACCUGAACUCAAUUGCACUUCACUAAAGGGAUAUUUCGGCAAUGAGGCUCUAGAUCUACUCUCCCAGAGUCCGAUUCACUUGAUACCAUUAUGUCUGUCCAGUGUGGAGGAAGUUGGUAGUUUCGUGAGCUAACGCUAACUAGCGUUGGUGUAAUGACUUGACGUUGCUAGUAGAUAGCGCAAUGACUGGAUGUCUAUGGUUAACGGAUCAAAGUUAUAAUUGACUCCCGGCAAGUAGCUAAAGGGCCUCGUUACCAAAAUGCUGAAGUGUCCCUUUUAAAGGUGUCCAGUAAACUUGGAAACUUUAAUAUAGUCAAUGUAUAAUCAAGCCAAUGAUUAAACAUUUCAUUGUAUCCUGA